GGAACAUCACAACGAGAUAUACCCGCAACCUCCUAGAUUUCGGUCAGCUCUCGUCACUUCCGAGAGCGUACGGAUCUAGUCGAACCAAAGUUUCUAUUCAGCACCAGUCGCAGCCCUUCCCGAGCGAAGCGCCUGCCGAUUUUUCCUCGCCCACCCCGCGCAUUUUUCAUAAUCCAUCUAGGUCGAGCUGCGCUUGAUCUAGAUUCUUCUUCAAAACUUCCGCAAUCAUGGCUACCGACAAGGGACUCGAGGACGUCCCCGAGGGGCAGAUCGAGUCCAACUAUGACGAGACCGUGGACUCCUUCGAUGACAUGAACCUCAAGUCUGAGCUUCUCCGUGGUGUGUACGCCUAUGGUUUCGAGCGCCCCUCGGCCAUUCAGCAGCGUGCGAUUAUGCCCGUCAUCAAGGGACACGAUGUCAUCGCCCAGGCCCAGUCUGGUACUGGCAAGACCGCCACCUUCUCCAUCUCUACGCUCCAGAACAUCGACCCCAACGUCAAGCAGUGCCAGGCCCUGAUCCUGGCCCCCACCCGUGAGCUCGCUCAGCAGAUUCAGAAGGUUGUUGUCGCUAUUGGCGACUUCAUGAACAUUGAGACGCACGCUUGCAUCGGUGGUACCAGCGUUCGCGAUGACAUGAAGGCCCUUCAGGACGGCCCCCAUGUCGUUGUCGGAACCCCUGGCCGUGUCCAGGACAUGAUUCAGCGCCGUUUCCUCAAGACGGACUCGAUGAAGAUGUUCGUUCUCGACGAGGCCGACGAGAUGCUUUCUCGUGGUUUCACCGACCAGAUCUACGACAUCUUCCAGCUUCUUCCCCAGUCCACGCAGGUCGUCCUCCUUUCCGCCACCAUGCCCCAGGACGUUCUCGAGGUCACUACCCGCUUCAUGCGUGACCCCGUCCGUAUCCUGGUCAAGAAGGAUGAGCUCACCCUCGAGGGUAUCAAGCAAUUCUACAUUGCCGUCGAGAAGGAAGAGUGGAAGCUUGACACCCUGUCCGACCUGUAUGAGACGGUCACCAUCACCCAGGCCGUCAUCUUCUGCAACACCCGCAGAAAGGUCGACUGGCUCACCGACAAGCUUACCGCCCGCGAUUUCACUGUCUCGGCUAUGCACGGCGACAUGGACCAGGCCCAGCGUGACCUGAUCAUGAAGGAGUUCCGCUCUGGCUCCUCCCGUGUCCUGAUUGCCACCGACCUCCUGGCCCGUGGUAUCGACGUCCAGCAGGUUUCGCUGGUCAUCAACUACGACUUGCCCGCCAAUCGUGAGAACUACAUUCACCGCAUUGGCCGUGGCGGUCGUUUCGGCCGAAAGGGCGUUGCCAUCAACUUUGUUACCGCCGACGAUGUCCGCAUGAUGCGUGAGAUCGAGCAGUUCUACAGCACCCAGAUUGAGGAAAUGCCCAUGAACGUUGCCGACCUCAUCUAAGUCAACAACUACCAAAGCAUCUUUCGGCGUCGCCCUGCGUCAUCUGGGCCGCUACGCUUAAGGCGGCCCUUGGACGGCAGUCGCGACAUCUGGUGGAGAGUUUUUACGGUGAUUUUCCCUUUGCAGCUGUUGAUAGAUUUGCGUUUCUAGAGGGACAUCCGGGGCCGGCCCUCGGCGGCCGGCCGCGCGGUGGCUUGAGGGCAAAGAUCGAAGUGGCUGCAUGACGAAGGCUCGGGAAGUCCUUUGCGCCUUAAUGGAUGACAAGGCGCGAUGAGGAUUACCAAAAGUAAUGCGAUAGUUCUUCCUUUUACCUCUCUUUUGUCGCCUCUGUUCAUGUAUCUAGGAGUCGCUUUCUAUGAUGACCACC